AUGUUUGAGACACAGCAGAAAUGGAAGAAGUUCAACCAUGAGUGGAACUUUUUAGUGUAUUCAUCUUCUGAAAUUCAAUUCGAUGAGCGUCUUAAAUCAUUACUUAAGGAAUUCAGUAGUUAUCCGGAUACAGUCAACUACGUCAUGAAUACUUGGUUGGUUCCCUACAAGGAGAAAUUUGUGGCAGCAUGGACAGACACGUGUAUGCAUUGUGGCAAUGUUACAACCAACUGGGCUGAAAGUGCAGAUGCAAAACUUAAAAGACAAUUGGGUUCAUGUCAAGUCUCAUUUCAGGCAUCAUUUGAGAAAAUGCAUAGUCUGCUUGAGUUACAACACACUGAUAUCAAGGCUUCAUUUGAGAAAAGUCUAACUGUUGUGCAACAUCAAUUUAAACCUUCUCAGUUCAAGGAGCUACAGGGUAAUGUGUCUAUCUCUGCAUUAGAGUAUUUGCUUGUAGAGAGUAAGAGAGCCAAUUCCAUUGGCAUUGAUGCUGAAGCUUGUGGAUGCGUCCUUCGCCGCACUCAUGAUUUACCUUGUGCCCAUGAGAUUGCUGACUACAUCAGACAAGAUCGUCCUAUACCACUUGCUACCAUACACUCACAAUGGAGACAACUUCAUAUCUCCAUAUGCAACAAAGAAAAGGAAACAAAGAUGACUUGUCAUAUAGAAGUAGAGUUGUUUGUGAAAAAGUUCAAUAAAAGUGAUAGAACCAUGCGGUUGGAGCUUUUGAAGAAGUUGAAAGAGAUUUUGGUGCAAUCUGGACAUGAUUCCUUUUCACCUAGGGACACUCAAAUCACUACAUUAGCUUCUGCUAUAGAAACCAAGAAGAAACUACCUGUUAAGGAAAAGAAGAAGGUGAAUGCGAAAGGGAAGGUAUACAUUACUAGAAUAGUGAAACCUAGUGCAUAUGUUGAUGUUUUCCCUUCUAGGUUGAAACCAUACAUUAAGUUUGUCAAGGAUGUAGCUACAGAUGGGAAUUGUGGUUUCAGGGCUAUAACUGCUUCAAUUGGUCAUACAGAAGAUGAUUGGGCUCAGGUUAGGCGUGAUCUUUUGGGUGAGCUGCACACACACAAAGAGGAAUACAUUACACUUUAUGGGUCCUACGAAAGGUUUGAAGAAUUGACAAGCAUAUUGUCAUACUUUGAAGACAGUCCUGGAUACUCACAUUGGAUGACUAUGCCAGACAUAGGGCAUCUUGUUGCAUCGUGCUACAAUCUUGUGUUAUACCAUUUGUCAUUACAGCAAUGUCUCACCUUUUUACCUCUUAGAACAGUGCUAGUACCUCAACUUGAUAGACAUGAGAUUGCUAUUAGGUUUGUCAAUGGAAAUCAUUUCGUCCAGCAUUUCAAGGACAUUAUUCAUGAUACUGUAGCUACUCGAGAGACAUUUGAUGUUGUUGAUGUCGCAUGA